AUGAUUCAUGAUGUUGUCGUGACGACAAGAUGCUGCAACCAUAGGCGUGUCACUGCCAUAUUCAACCUGAGCCGUCGGACCGAGUGGUUUAGCCCGCGGCUCGAGACGAUGGGUCGUCAGAUUGCAGAUCUGUCCAUGGAGAUCGGAGACAUAUGUCUAACUAUCCGUACCAUAGUUCGGGACAAACAAACGUACCGUGACGCCGUCAACCGGGGCGUGUGCGAGGGAAUUCGCGGAGGAGGUGGAGGCCGUGGUCCAGGUGGGGCGCCCCGUCAAGGAUCUCCACAACCACUGUCCGGCGACGAUGAUGACGACGGCCGUGACAUGCAGCGACGGGGCCCAAACUUUGUGGACGACGACGAUCAACGCGAAGACAGAGGAAAGCGCAAGGAGGCUGCCUUCGUCAGCGGAUAUCGUGCCCGAUGCGAUUGGGACUUGAACAUGAUGUUUUCCGGUGGGCUUGAUUGCCAAUGUGGUCGAUGGGAGGGCCCAUUUCGCGUUGACAUCCUCGAUUUGGACGGAGAGCAACAUGACGGACCAUUUUACGACGGUCCGCCGAUUUUCGAUGAGGAGCCUCCAGGGCCGGGGGAAGAAUUGGAUGGAAAACAUUUUUCCUAUGAUGGUGAGAAAAGCUUAUUCACUGUGAGCCUGCUACCUCAGAACAAGCUUGAGUUUACUUUUUUGCUUGACAGUGUGACAUCUAGUAGGAAUAAUGGAAAUUCCAGCCUUGGAGGACAAGAAGGCUCUAAUGAGACUAAGAUUCCUAUACAGGCCAUUACACAUGCUUUGCGAGGCCAGGAAUCUAAAAAUUCUCAUGAGGCUAUACGGGUCUUGGAUAUCAUUUUGAGGCAGCAUGGGGCAAAGGCCAGGUUACGUGAGAAAAGUUGCAGAGAUCAGACGUUCACAUUAAAGUGUGGUGAGCGACAUUCGAUCUUUGUGAUCGAUCGAGGGAAACGCCGGGCUAUUCUUGUCAUGAUGACGUCUUUAAUGGGGACGGGUCGAAUUCGAGGGCGAAUCCUGCUCAACCGGAAGAGAAUGGUGUAG